AUGGCUGCUCAACUGGCUUCAUUAGUGGGCAGGCGGGKUCUCAAGGAGAACGUGAACAAUGCAUUUGGACAGGAGGAUCCCUACUUUGAACAAGUCCCUGCUUCUCGACUGGGUCGAACGUUUGGAAAGAAGACACGAAAGCAACGCAAGGCCAUUCCCCCUGGAUUGUCCACCAACGACGCUAAGAUUCUGAACCGCGUUAAACGUCGUGCAUACCGUCUGGAUUACAGCCUCUUCAAUCUAUGCGGAAUUCGGUUCGGUUGGGGUGCGGUUAUCGGCUUGAUUCCUCUUGCCGGCGAUGGUCUCGACGCUGCGCUGGCAAUGAUGGUGGUCAGAGACUGCGACAAAGUCGACGGAGGACUCCCUAGCUCCCUACGAACACGCAUGCUGAUGAACGUCGUGCUUGAUUUCUUCAUCGGUCUCGUUCCCUUCAUCGGUGAUAUUGCGGAUGCCAUUUACAAGUGCAAUACUCGAAACGCUAUCCUGCUGGAAAAACAUCUGCGAGACAAGACGAACAAGAUUGAUAAAGCCCGUGCAAAGAAAGGACAUCCCACAGGAAAAGCACAGCGACCCAUUGAUCUCAGCCUGCCGGAGGAAUUUGAUAGAUAUGAGGAAGGAACGCUGCCAGAACCGCCGAGCUACACGGAAGCUCCCUUGUCAGAACCGACUCCUACGCAGCACGGCGUUGAAGCGCGUGGCCCAACUGAACCACAGCCCGCCCAUAAUCCUGGAUCAUCCCGUCGCGAUGCUAGCUGGUUCAGCGGACGGAAGCAGAAGCGGAGUGAUCUUGAAAGCGGCAGUGGACGCUACUGA